AUGGAGAACACCCAUAUCGCCAUAGUCGGAGCUGGACCGCGCGGAAUAGGUUGCUUGGAACGUCUCUGCUCCUCUGCAAAGGAUAUCCUGAAGAACGAAGGGAAAGUCACGAUCCACGUCAUCGACCCAUACCCACCGGGCCCGGGCAAGGUAUGGCGAACAAAUCAACCACCACGGCUCCUGAUGAACACGGUCGCGUCCCAGAUCACGCUGUUCACAGAUGAAAGUGUGAACUGCAAGGGGCCCAAACGCCCUGGCCCCACCCUGCACGAAUGGGCAGCCGGGGAGAGCUGGCUCCAGUUGGGUCCAAACGACUACGCGACCCGCUUCGCGUAUGGCUGUUACCUAGAUUGGGCCUAUCAUGAGAUCUGCAAGAGGGCCACGAAGGAGAAUGCGAUUAAAGAGAUUGUGGAACACCGCGCCAGUGCUAUACGGCUCCAAGAACCUACCAGAGGUGGCAGACAGAGACUCACGUUGUCUACCAAUGCAACCUUACCCAAGCUUUCAGCCGUUAUCCUAGCCCAAGGCCAUGUUUCCCGGCUUCCCAGCAAGACACAAACUUUGUUUUUCGAUGAUGUCGCCGAACAUAACAAUUUACGGUACUUCCCGCCCGGCAACCCGGCCGACACUAACCUCGGCGCCAUUGCCCCCAAUGAAUCCGUGCUUCUGCGCGGUCUCGGACUCGUCUUCUUCGACUACAUGAUUCUGCUCAGCUCUCGACGAGGCGGACGGUUCGAACCAUCUGCUAAGGGUCUCACUUACCAUCCAUCGGGCAAAGAGCCGAAGAUAUACGCCUGCUCCACCCGCGGUAUCCCCCACCACGCCCGCGGCGAUAACGAGAAGGGCGCGUAUGGACGUCACACGCCAGUCUUUCUGACCAAACAAAAAAUUGAUGAAUUCAACCAAAAAGCUAUAGCUGGGGGUGACAAUGCUCCGAGGUUCAAGAAGGACAUCUGGCCGCUCAUUGCCAAGGAGAUCAAGUCCAUCUACUAUAAGGCUUUGUUCAAGAAGAAAAAGUUCGACGAAGAAUCGGCUAAGUUCAUCAAUAGACUUAGUGAGAAUGACUCGAGCGAAGCUGACUCGAGCGAAGCCGAUGACUUGAAAAGACUCGGGGUUGCCCAGCCUGCGUGGUCUUGGGAGCGCCUCCGAAAGCCCCAAGGCAAGACCACCUUCUCCACAGCGAAGGAGUGGAACGAUUGGCUGCUUAAAUACCUGAAGCAAGAUAUUGAGGAAGCAAAGCAAGGGAACAUUAGAGGACCCCUGAAGGCGGCUCUUGAUGCUCUACGUGACAUCCGCAACCAAGUGAGCCUUAUUGUGGAUCACCACGGUGUGAACGGGGCGUCGUACAGGGAUGACAUAGUUAAGGAUUUCUCGCCGCUCAACGCAUUCCUGUCAAUCGGACCCCCUCGUCGGCGUGUCGAGGAGAUGGUCGCCCUCAUCGAAGCCGGAGUCUUACAGGUUCUUGGCCCAGAACCAACCCUAACACUUGUGAGAGAUGCCUGGCUUGCUAAGUCAAUUAUCCCCUGCCAGAGCGUGGAGGUCAAGAAUAUCAUUGAAGCCUACAUUCCGCCGCCAAACCUCACUCAUACCGAGGAUCCUCUGCUCAGAUAUAUGCUUGACAACGGGCAAUGCAGGCCUCAUACAAUUGAUGGCUUCGAAACCGGUGCUAUCGAUAUCACUCGCAGCCCAUAUCAGAUUAUCGACAAGGAGGGUUCUGCUCAUACGAGACGCUUCGCGAUUGGCGUCCCUACGGAGGGUGUGCACUGGGUUACCACGGCUGGGGCUCGCCCUUGCGUUAAUUCUGUCAAUCUGGUUGAUAACGAUGCUGUAGCUCAAGCUGCUCUGCAUAAAGCUUAUGCAGAUCUAAUUUCUGAGAGUGAGCGAGGUACCAGAGAGUGA